UUUUGCGUUGCCCGGAAAACGUAAACAAACACUCGAAAAAAUCGCGGAAAAGCAAUAAAAAAACUCGUUGCGUUACGUAUUAAGCCGAACAGUUUCUUAACGGAUAAGUUUCAAUUCGCGGGAUAUAUCGCGCGCGCGGGCCCAUGAGCAACGUACCGCCGCAGGGCGUAAUGUUCCCGGGCGGGUCCCUCUACGUCGGCGACCUGCACCCCGACGUGACCGAGGGCAUGCUGUACGAGAAGUUUUGCGCCGUCGGCACGGUGUUGUCGCUCCGCGUGUGCCGGGACUCGAGGACGAGACAAUCGCUCGGGUACGCGUACGUCAACUUUAACAGUUCGCAGGACGCCGAGAGGGCGCUCGACACGAUGAACUUCGAUCUCGUCAAGGGACGACCGAUACGCAUCAUGUGGUGCCAGCGGGACCCGUCCCUGCGCAAGUCCGGCGUUGGUAACAUCUUCAUCAAGAACCUCGACAAGAGCAUCGACAACAAGGCGAUGUACGACACUUUCUCGGCAUUCGGCAACAUCCUCAGCUGCAAGGUGCAGCUCGACGACGACGGCUACUCCAAGGGCUACGGUUUCGUGCACUUCGAGAGUCAGGAUGUGGCCAACAAAGCGAUCAGCAAGGUAAACGGCAUGCUGCUCAACGGAAAAAUCGUGUACGUGUCGAAUUUCGUGCCGAAAUCGGAACGGGUGAAGCAGCUCGGCGACAGGGCGAACCAGUUUACCAACAUUUAUGUGAAAAACUUCGGCGCCGGCAUCACCGACGAUCGAUUCCGCGACAUGUUCGCCAAGUACGGCCCGAUAUCGAGCAUCGUGCUCGCCAAACACCACGACGGCACCCCGAAGGGGUUCGGGUUCGUCGCGUAUCGUGAGGCGGCGGCGGCCGCGCGUGCGGUCGAAGCCGCUAACGGCACCGACUACGACGGCAAACAGCUGUACGUCGGUCGGGCGCAGAAAAAGGCCGAGCGGGUGAGCCUGCUGCGGAAAAAAUUCGACCAGAUCCGUUUCGAGCGGUUCGACAAGCUGCAGGGCGCGAACGUGUACGUCAAGAACCUCGACGACACCUUCACCGACGCGAAGCUGCACCAGGUGUUCGCCGGUUUCGGCACGAUCACGUCCGCGAAAGUGAUGACCGAGAACGGUCGCAGCAAGGGUUUCGGGUUCGUGUGUUUUGCCGCCCCCGAGGAGGCGGACAAGGCGAUCGACGAGCUGCACGGCAAAAUAGUAGGCACGAAACCGCUCUACGUGGCGCACGCUCAGAGACGCGAGGAGCGCAAGGCGAUACUGAACACGCAGUACUCGCUGAGGGCGGCUGCCGCACUCCGCCAAUCCAGCAUCACGUUCCCGACGACCACGCCCCCGUUCGUGUUCUCGUCGGUGCAGGCGGCGGCCGCGCCGCCGCCUCCGCCCCGCUACUACAACCAACUCGGGGCCCCGAUCAACCACCUGAGGCCGAACCCGAGGUGGCCCCCGGUGGCGAGACCGAACGGCACUUACGGACUGCCGGUGGCCCCGCCCGCUUACAGGUCGGCUACGAGGGCGGUGCAGGCGGGACCGGCGGCGGCGGCGAGAAACUCUGCGGCGCAUCCCCGGCCGAUCACGGGUCAGCAGGGGGCGCCGCCCCCGUCGCGGCCCAACAGCAAGUAUACGUCGUCGUCGGGGGGCAACGACGGGUCCGGGGCCGGCGCGGGGAACGGAGGCGACAACGGGGCGCCCCCGCCGCCCCAGGAUCCCCAGAAACAGAUGAUCGGGGAGCAGCUGUACUCGAGUAUCAGGAAGUUCAAUCCGGAACUGGCGGGCAAAAUUACCGGGAUGCUGCUCGAGAUCGACAACACGGAACUGGUGGACAUGAUCAAGGACCAGGAGUCGCUCAGGGCCAAGGUGGACGAGGCGGUGGCGGUGCUGCAGGCGCACAGCGCCAAGGGCGUCGCGGUGCGGGACUGAGGCGCGCGCGCGCGCCCGCCCUUUUUAUGUUGUUGCGUUUUAAGGUUUACGUUUCAAUCGUCUGAUUUUGUGAAUUUGCCGAAAUAA